CGCCUUCUAAGUGCGCAUGCGUGUAGUGUUUUUACCCCCUAGCAGGCAUCGUGUCGAAACCGUUUCCUUCUGUUGAGUGUGUCGCUGUAUGGCCAGAUACAUGAGGCCUCCAAACACGUCUUUGUUUGUCCGGAACAUCUCCGAUGAGUCCAGGCCUGAGGAUUUACGGCGUGAGUUUGGCCGCUAUGGGCCAAUAGUAGAUGUCUACAUCCCACUUGACUUCUAUACACGCCAACCAAGAGGAUUUGCAUACAUUCAGUUUGAGGAUGUGCGAGAUGCAGAAGAUGCUCUUCACAGCUUGGACAGAAAGUGGGUUUGUGGCCGACAGAUUGAGAUCCAGUUUGCCCAGGGUGACCGGAAGACACCCAAUCAGAUGAAAACAAAAGAGAGGCGUUCCCCGGGCCGAUCAUCUCGAUAUGACGACUACGACCGAGAUAGCCGACGCAGACGGUCACGCAGCCGCAGCUACGACAGAUAUGAGCGAUACGAGCGCUAUGAGCGAUACCGGUCCCGCAGUCCGUCUUAUGAUCGCAGGCGCAGACGAUCAGAGUCUCCUAAAGAGACCCGUGGACGAAUGUAUCCAAGAGGAAGAAGCAGGAGUCGCGAGGAAGACAGAUACAAGCACAAACCUCGGAGAGAGUCCAGAGAGAGGUCUAGAUCACGCCAAGGAUCUGCAUCCCCUCACGAAAACAUCAAUCAAGCUUCUGCCUCCCAUUACAUCGAAGAAGAAGUGAGACGGGUGCAGACCCCCUCCCACUCCCGGUCUCGGUCCAUGUCGAGAUCACGCUCACGUUCUCGCUCCCGGUCCUGGGCUGGUCGCAAAACCGGUGGGCGCUAACCCAGAUGAUGCCCUCUGAAGCAACUGUCGACAGCUUGUUCCUGCAGCUCCAUUUUCAAAUCAGCGCUGCUUCCUGGCUUGUUUUUUUUGUUUUGUUUCUCUGUACUUUGGUGUCAUGCCAAGAGUCCUUUUUUAAUGUACUGUUACUCCUAUUUCUGUUUUGAUACAUUUGAGUUUAUUUUCCAACUCUUUUCAUUUCCAAACUUUUUUUUUUUUUUUAAAGGACUCAGUAUUUUAAGAAAUUUCUCUUUAACACACCUAUCAAUUGCUCACCUAUCAGACCUUUAAAAAUACCUAGAUUGAUUUGAUCUGAACAACAAAAAAGGCCUAAACAGUUGUUGGGUGCUCUAAAUGAGAUCAGGAGCUAAAAUGCAGAGUAUGCUGUGACCUUCAAGUGUUAAGAAACUGUUAGAACUGUUUUUGUGGUGAUCUUUUCCAACAGCAUUUUUUUUCCUUGCAGUUUAGUCACAAAUGUUUGUUCUCAGAGAAGCAAAAAUGUUUAAGUGCUGAUGGUUUUUUUUCCCCGUAAUUGCAUGUUUUAUUCUCGUAAAUCUCAAACUUUGGUAGAAACGAGCUGUUAUUUUGAGUAAUAAACUAGUAUGGUUCCAUAACAG